GCCAGUGCUUACUGCUUAGUGCUUAGAGUUACUCUCUUCACACUUAAUGAUUAUAAUUUUAGAAUUGCGUGCUCAAAUCCAAAAUUCUGGAAAAAAUAUUAUAUAUAUAUAUGACCCAUGUUUCUUCUUUCUAUGAUAAUUGAUAGUCACAACAUUAGGGAAACCAGAUUAACUUUGCCAAAGCCAUUACAUUACGGCAAUUAAUACGAGCAUUUGAAGAUUACCAUACAAUGAUUUAUUAAUGAAAUGAAAUAAUAGUGAAUUAUGAAUUAAAUUAAUACCCAAGACUAAAACAACGUUUAAUACGAAAGAAAAAUCAACGCCAUGGAUCGCAUUGAAAAUCCUAAUGAUAUAACAAAAUCAAAUACUACAGAAAAUGAACAAGAUCAAGAGAAUAUUAUGGAAUUAGAUAAAGAAAUUAUUGACAAAAGUUUUAUGUUACAAACAGCUGUUAAACAUGAAGCAGCUACUACUAGUCAAACAUUAAUAAGGAAUAGAACAGAAAAUUUGCAGGCUGACAAUUCUCUGUUUUGUACUCCAGUUCAACAAAGUAUUUCAGAAAAUAUUCCUUCAACCCCACAAAAUAUGUUACAUCAUAAUUUAGCCGGGGAGGUAACACUAACUCCUACACAUCGGUCAUUUACACCUCAAGUUCAGCUGACAAACCCUCACAGUUCCAUGACUGCUAUUACACCGAUGGCAAGUGCAGUUAGUCAAGCAAAAAGCAGUGUUAAAUUUCAAAAUUGUGUCUCAACAGUAAGUUUAGGUUGUGAAUUGAAAUUAUUAGAUAUAUAUUGUCGGACAAGAUUUUCGGAAUACAACCCUGCAAGAUUUCAUGGAGUGGUUAUGAAAAUUUUAGAACCACGUGCCACAGCAUUAGUUUUCAGGUCUGGUAAAAUAGUUUGCACAGGAGCUAAGAAUGAACAUGAUUCGUAUUUAGCCGCUAGAAAGUUUGCCAGAAUUAUUCAAAAACUUGGUUUUCAGGCUAAAUUUCUUAAUUUCAAAGUGCAAAAUUUUAUCGCAACUGCAGAUUUAAGAUUCCCAAUAAGAUUAGAGGCUCUACAGCAAGCACAUGGACAAUUUACAUCGUAUGAACCGGAAUUGUUUCCAGGAUUAGUAUAUAGAAUGAUACGACCAAGGGUGGUUCUUCUAAUAUUUGUCAAUGGAAAACUAGUUAUUACAGGUGGGAAGACAAGGAAUGAAAUUUUUGAAGCAUUAGAUAUUAUACACCCAAUACUCAGAAGUUUUAAGAAAAAUUAAUAUAUUACCUUAUAUAUAAUAUAUUUAUUCUAUGUACGAGGUAUUUUCAAUGAUAAAACAAUAAACAGUAAUAUUCCAGAACUGAAUUGAAUAAUGUUACUUAUUAUUAUCAAAUAAAAUUGAUAUGCAUUU